AAUUCUCCCAAUCCAAUCCCCCCUCGAGCCUUCCCCCCGGUGUGUGUGUGCCUUUAGCAGAAACGCGCGCGCGGUGACUCGACGUUUUAUAACCUCGUUUCUCAUCAUCACUUUUCCACGGCGUCUCGGGCCUCGAUACUUUCUCAGUGCUCGAAGGGGAUACACGAAGUGCGUGGUCAGCGUGGGAGCGAUGAUCCCGUUGGAGGACGAAUUCUGAGCGCAUUUUCAUGGUGGUUUUACAGUGACGUUGUUCAUUGCCGCGUGGUAAUAAUAAAUCGUUUAUUAAAACCGGAAAAUUGUGCGGUUUGCAGUGACGACAAAUCGUGCACCGUUGGAUCGCUCGCUUCAGUCGAGUUGGACGGAGUUCGGAGAGAGAAAAUAAAGAAAAUAAAGGGAGUCAUACGGCCACGAUUUUUCGAGAAUCAUCGUCAAGGAUUCGAGGCCAAAGUACCGAGGUGGAAAUUCCGAGAGGCUUGAGCAGCCUCUUAUCUUGGCAAAUAGAGAAGAAAAGAAGUUGAGAAGCCGCGUACACCCCGCGGAGGGAGAACGAGAGGGGAGGAAAGAGGAAAAGAGAGAAAAGAGAAAUAAAGUGAAGUACGAUCUCACUGGGUGCGAUCGAGCGCGUGUUCGCUGUGUGAGUGAGAGCUUUAAUGCGGUCUCGAGUAGAAGAUAUUUUGCGAAUAGUCGUCGCGACGCUGGUGGUGGGCGACGACGACGAGAUUCCCCGCCAACGUGGCACCAGUCGGAGACACAAAAGGCCGGAGUAGAAAGGAAGAAACGAAGAAAAAUACGGAAUAAUACAGGAGGAAAUAAAAAUAAAAAAUCCUCCUGCGCUCGAGGGAAAAAGCAACAACGAAGCUAGACAAAUAUUCGGCAACGAGGGGAACACACGCGCGGAGGAGAAUCGACCAAGAGAAACAGGAAGUUGGAGAAAAGCAAGAUGGUAUGACGUCUGUUGGCUCCGACACUCUGGAGUUCCUCGUGAUCGAUGAGCAUAAGAUCAAGUAAUUGCAAAAAGUCUCGAAUCCCGAGGCGAUAAGGAAAAUGAAAAAAGCCGAGAACGCGAGGCAAUGUUAAGUAACGAGGAAAAAAUUCAAGACGGGAAAUGCGGGGUGAGAUUCUCAAAAAAAUACUCGCUCUUCCGGAUAACGCGACACAACAUUUUUACACGAUAGAAACACUCGUAGGUUCGCCGCGUUCUGGAAAGGACCCAAUAUUUAACAACGAAUCAAUCAUUUCGUGGUUCAUUUUGCAGAAAUGUUGAUUCACUUUUACCGCAAUAAAGCUCCCGGAAUUGCAGACUGUUGCGAAUCGAUUCUGGGGGAUUGUUUGCAGCUGAAAAAUAGCUGAGGAAAUACGUUCACCAAACUUCGUUCUCGCGGUGUUUCAGUAGCUAUUGGAAUCUGGAAACAGCGUCGACGGGACGAUUGAUUUCGGCAGUUCGAGACGGGACGAAAAAGCCAAGAAAGUUUGCUGAUACGUGCUGCUGCCGCUGUUUUGGACUUCCGCGGCAUACGGAAUGAGCUGGGAUUUCAAGGUUGCAUUGAAUUUACCGGGCGCAGCUUGGAGCCUCGGAACGUCACGCCUCGUGGGCCAAAGUAUCCUUCGACCUCGCCAACUCCACUCGUCAAACAACAAUUCCAUUUUCAUGUGCCUGACUGGAGUUGUCGUCGAAUCAGAUGAAAUUGAACGUUGCUAAAAACGUUAACGUUGCUGUGAAUAUUUGUCAAUUCUUUUCCAAUCGAGUGACACUCGAGUCGCUCCGGAUUGCGAGCCACCAAUUUUCGGGGCUUGUAACACGUGUCAGGAACUUGUCAACCGCCUCGGACGCUCCUCCGAGUAGGAACAACCGAUUAGAUUCAGCGAACCCAAAGAUUUUUCUACUGUAAGAACUCGCGAUUUCUCGCGAGGAUUAAUCGACCGUUUUUUCCCCGAGCCUUCGAUAAAUCCCUCCGUUUCCCUUUCCACGCUCCUAUUUUUAUUUUUCGUCGAUUUAUUCACUUUCGCUGGCAGUCGGGUCGACGAAACUUUGGUAAAAACAACAGUGAACGGAAACGCGCGUGUUUCGUUGUCGCUCGCAAGUGCGUGUCAUGAAAGUGUUUUUAUGUGUGAAAAUAUGCGUGCCACGAUGAAGUUUCGACAUGCGUUGUUGUUGUUGUUGUUGUUUCGGAUGAAAAACAGUUUUAUUUUCCUUUCCGGAGUUACCGGAACCGGCUGAAUAUUUCAGUACGAUUCCUUGGGUCCGUUAAAAUCGAGUAACGAGAAAUACUCCGGGAUAAGUGAGAGCCUGGAUAAAAGAUUUCGCGUUCACAACGACGCAUGGAAAAUGAGCGGUCAGGUUGUGGACACUUGUUGCACGUGAGAACGUUGAGAAAAGGAAGAAUAAGGUUACGUCGUCGUGGGAUAAGACGCCGAAGGAUAAGAGGUCCGGAUAUUGGUCGUUGUGCUUGCCGCGUCAGAAACGCUCCGUGUUGUUCGACGUAUGAUCCAUUAUAGUACAAAGUACUGUAAUAAUAUUGGGAGGCCGAAGAAGAGCGGCGUGGAAGGGCUGAGGAAACAAGAGUUUGGAUGAUAAAAGUGAGGAGAAAAUUGAGAGAGAGUUAAAAACCGGGAGGACGGGGAGAUUGGAGGAAAAGAGGAGGGAACGAGGACGCGAAUAAAAAAUAGGAAUAAAAUGAGCGCAGAGUCACCGGUCAUUCGGUGACAUCGGUUAUCAUCGAAAUGUCCGAUUUGACGUUGAAAACUCGAGGUGAGUUACGCUCCAACGUAAAUCCAUUGGCGAUUAUUUACAAAAGUCGUUCGAGCGAGUCGACGAUAGCCGGUUAUCGGAAAGUCGAGUACAGAAAGGAGGAGGAAGAGUCCGAGGAGGCGGACGAGGAGGACGAAACGAGAAGAAUCAAAUGCGCAAAAUAUUUUAACCGUAAAAAAACGCUUUAUCGCAAUUCUAUCAGAGACAAUCGCGGCGCGGGGAGCCGGAUAAACGCAGUUUCGGCAGAGAGAAGAAAAUCAAUUUCUUUUGUUCUUCGAGUCGAAUGAGUUACAACGAACGAAUACACGCAGAGGUAUACAAAGAGCAUCAUCCAUGGGUUUCGAGGUUGGCUGAGUCGGGAAAACGCCGAAAGAACCAUUUUACACUUUUCCUUCAGCUUUUUCCCCCCUCUUUCGUUCUUCCGUCUCCGGUUGAGGCAAUCCACGGGACUCCCCACUCAUAAUUAAGGCUGUUGAGAACCAGGCGACCGGAUUCCCGGUGUAAAACAACUGCCACGUAAAUUCUCAGUCGGAUGCGAACGAGACUCCGCGAAAUUACGUUGCCACCAGUGGGCCAGCUUCCAUAAAACGCUUCGAAUCAAAUGCCAUCGUUUCGACUAGAAACUUCUCGAACGAAAAGAGAGAAAAACCGUUUAUAAGAAAAAAAUCAAUCGAUCGAAAUGACGACCCGGUGACAUUCGAUCGUCCCACCCAUCGAAUCGAACACGAGAAUGUUUUUCAACGCAAGAAUUUAUAAUCGAGUGUACUUGAAAAAUAAAGUAGAACCGAGGGUGCGCGUUAGGUCUUGAAAUAAUCGAAUCAACGAACCAAGCAAGAAUUCGAAGACGAACAGAAACGAUUCGCAUGAUUGGGGAGGCAAAGUGCGAGCUUUUUAAACAACCGAGUGAACUUCGCUCAAUAAUUCAGUGAACAAGUGGCUUUUUAAUAAGUUUGCAAAAGUGUUGUUUGGCAAAGGGAUUCGUAGGGACGAGGAAAGAACAGGUGGGUCGACGCGUAGCGGCGGUGCUACCGAAAGGCUGGAUUACCUCCGUGGAAUGUCUUCGGGCGCCAAGCGGCUGGUUCAGUCGCUUAAGGGCCGUAGCACCGGAGGUGGAAGAAGCGGGGGUGGUGGUGGUGGUGGUCGUAGUGACGGCGACGGAAGUGGCGGUGGUGCUGGUGCAGCGAGCACCAGCGCAACCCGUUUGUUUCAUUACGACAGCGGUCACGAGCUCGACGAAAUAUCGGUAGUACAGGUUAGCUCCAGAGGGGGAGGUGUUGGGGGCAGCGAGGGCUUGCCUACGCCAGCUACACCCUGCAACUGUUCAGCCGUUAAAUACGGCAGUGGACAGACCCUCUACAGCAUCGCGGGAUCCGUACCUCCUGCACCUGCUGCGCCUAUUCAUAGGAACGCACCUGGCCAGCAAGGCUUGACGCUGGGCGGUGGUGGAGCGAGCGGGGUUAACGAUCGUCUGAGCGGCGGCUCAGCCUCGGCUCUGGGCUACGCAACUGAUAAAAUUCGUGCUGUCGGUAAUCUGGCAAGUACGAGACACGCUAGCGAUGCGAGAACAACAAGAGACUACCGAGAGGACGAGGCAAAGAGCGUGGAGAACGUGUCCCGGGAGUUGCUGCCGUCGAGACAAAGUCUCCUUGAUCUCGUCAGCAGCAAAUUCGGCAGGCAAACACCUACCCAUUACCACUACCAUCCCCAUCAGCAACAGCAGGUUUACUCGGUGUCGCAGCGUUACUUCAGCUCGUCGCGUGACUCGCUUCACGCGGCAUACGUGAAUCGGGGCGCAAGUGAGCUCGAUCUCAGUCGAAAAACGAGACGAAAGGAUCACCUACGCGGUAGGUUCAAGCUUCCGAACGCGGUACCUCUGACCUCCUCGCGAGAACCGUCACAUCUCCACGGUCCUGCAUCCACGAAUCAUCUCAACAGCAACAGCAGCUGCAACGGGACUGAAACGCGAUACACAGCUCAACAACAACAACAGCAACGGGGGAGCAGAGGUUUUCCGGGACAACCUGGCUCCCGUGGCUUUCGUACGGGAGCUCCCAAUUGGUCGUUUGUUUUCGAUCCCGCGGGACGACUCUGUUACUAUUGGUCGAUGGUCGUGUCACUAGCCUUCCUCUACAACUUUUGGGUCAUCAUCUAUAGGUUUGCCUUCCAGGAAAUCAAUGGCGAAACCCUCGUGGUGUGGUUUUGCCUCGAUUACCUGUCGGAUCUGCUGUACCUGGUGGACAUAGUCUUUCACUUUCGUACGGGCUACCUCGAGGACGGCGUGUUACAGACCGACGCGACAAAGUUGCGCAAUCACUAUAUGAACAGCACCACGUUUUACAUAGACUGCCUGUGCCUGCUGCCCCUCGACUUUUUAUACUUAUCUUUAGGAUUCAACAGUAUACUUCGAAGUUUUAGACUCGUUAAAAUAUAUCGGUUUUGGGCGUUUAUGGACAGAACCGAGCGACACACGAACUAUCCGAAUUUGUUUAGAUCGACGUCAUUGAUACACUACUUGUUGGUGAUAUUUCACUGGAACGGUUGCGUCUAUCACAUUAUUUCUAAGAACAACGGUUUUGGGAGCAAGGACUGGGUUUUCAGCGACUCAGAAACGGCGGACGUUGUUAAGCAGUAUCUUCAGAGUUACUAUUGGUGUACACUCGCCUUAACGACCAUAGGAGAUUUGCCCAGACCGAGAAGCAAAGGCGAGUACUUGUACGUGAUCGUUCAACUCUUGUUCGGUCUUUUGCUCUUCGCAACCGUACUUGGUCAUGUUGCAAAUAUAGUUACUUCAGUGAGUGCAGCCAGAAAGGAAUUUCAAGCUAAACUGGACGGAGUGAAAACAUAUAUGAGAAUGAGGCGGGUACCGAAUCAUCUACAAGUGAAGGUGAUCAAGUGGUUCGACUACUUAUGGCUGACGCAAAAAUGUUCGGACGAGGAGAAAGCUGUGAGCUGUCUUCCCGAUAAGCUGAAAGCCGAGAUUGCAAUAAACGUUCAUCUGGACACGCUGAGGAGAGUCGAGAUAUUUCAGAACACCGAAGCUGGUUUCCUGUGCGAGCUCGUCCUCAGACUACGACCGGUGCUCUUCUCACCCGGCGACUAUAUUUGUCGGAAAGGUGAGGUGGGAAAGGAGAUGUACAUAGUGAACAGAGGCCGGCUCCAAGUGGUUGCAGACAACGGGAAGACGGUACUGGCGACACUGAAGGCUGGUUCAUACUUCGGGGAAAUCAGCAUUCUCAAUAUGGGGACCGCAGGUAAAGAGUGCGGUAACCGACGAACAGCGAGCGUAAGAUCGGUCGGCUACUCUGACCUCUUCGUGCUCAGCAAGAAGGACAUGUGGGACGUGCUCAAGGAGUAUCCAGCAGCGAGAGUUCGCCUCGAGGCCAUUGCCGUCAAGAGACUCGAGAAGUACAAGAGAGCGCCACUGGAAAAAGCGGCGAUGGGGCGCUGUCAAAGCACACCGGGUCUGGUGGAGUCGCGAGGUCGAGUACCCCUGGAAGAUAUGUGGAUAUCGCCGAUCGAUUUACGGGCCGGGGGACACGCAUAUUCGACGGGUCAUUCGUUGUUCUCGCCCAGUCCAAGUCCGGUCGGACCGCGUGCUCACGCCGGUUUGCAUAAUCAGCAAACAGCGGAUAUUAAUAACACGGCUAUCGGCGUAAACAACAAUACGGGAAGGAGCGUCGACAGUCCGAUGAGCGCAACGAGCAGCGGUCAAAGCAGCGAGGAUCCGACUGCGAGAGCUGCACAAUCGGCAGCAACGCAACCCUCCACUGGUCGCCAAUCCACUCACUCUGGAAUGACGUGCAACAGCAUGACUCAACUGGUAUCGGAGGGCGCGACGCCGUUGUUGGGCAGCCACGAGGCGCUGCUGGCGGAGAUAAAGCGUUUGCGGGAGCGUCUGGUUUGUUUGGAAACGGAGAACGCGACAAUGAGCGUCAAAUUGAAUCAGCAGCAGUGGGACGUCGAGCAUCGAUUGGCGGAAAUAGAGAUGCAGAUAUGCGGAGCGAGCUCGACGUCGAGCAUCGAGGAUAACGAGAGGAAUCGGGAGAGCUUCAUUUAA